AUGUCGUAUCCUAGCUUUGCGUCGCAGGCACCUGCCUACGACACCUACAACCAUCUGGGAUGCAUCACGCCUCCCCCGAACUCAGAACUCAGAAGGCAUUCAUCCACAACUUUUUCAUCGCAAGCAUCGGAUGCUGGUCAUUCGGUUGCCUCAUCAUUCGCCUUCUCUAUGCCUUCGACCCCAGACGACAUGUUUGAUGAAAGUCCUCAGUCCUGUGCUCGUCACUUGAGCCAAGAGCCUGUUACUCAGGCACGUGUCGCAUACCCUCUUCUUGGUGAUGGUAACGCGUUCAGCGACUGCGCUCAAGUCAGCAAUGUUGUCUACCCAACAGGAACUCUUGACCCGGCUAUCCAACUCCAUCAUCAAGCAAAUGGGCAGUGGAAUGUUCAGCAAGAAGCUGGCAACCAUUUCAACUUGGACCCAAGCUUGAGAUCCACAUUUGUUUACGCGUCGGCGGAUCGCUUCGAUGAUAACCUGCCAACACCUACGCCUGCCAGCUCAUUUAGCAGUCACUCCAAUGGCGCACAAGUAUCGCAAGAGGGCUUAGCCAUCAACCUGUCCUUGACAUACCAGCCGUACCACCAGAUACCUCAGGAGGUGGUUUCUGCUCACUACAGUCAGCAGCAGCAGUAUGUAGCCCCUUGGGACGGCCAUUAUACCUAUGCGCUGCCCCAAGCACACGAGCUUGGCGCUGUGGCACCAGGGACCGCCGUUGGUGACGGAUCGUGGGCUUACCACGGGCGUCCUAGCUCAGACCUCGCAGACUGCAGCCCUGUCGUCAAGAACGAGCAUGUCAAGCAAGAGGAGUUGAGCGCUUCAUCACCCGGCCCAGCCAGGUCUCCAGAUCGCGUCACGCGCCGAUCUGGUCGUGGAACUACCAAGCAGCGAUCAGCCAGAUCGCUGCCACAAGCCAGCCAUACAACUCUUGCAUACAUCGCGCAGGAAGACAUGUUGACCACCGAAGGCAACCAGUUCGCGUUCCUCCCUAUGGAGCACAGCCACGCACGCCCUCACGCACUCAACCGUGUUUGCACGCGGAACAGCGCGCAGCACAGAUGCCAUCAGAUCGAUGAGCAAGGGCGGCGUUGUUCAAAAUCUUUUGAACGUCUCGAGCAUCUUAAUCGGCAUGCCACAAUGCAUUUGCCAAUCGACCAGCGCCAAUUUCCUUGUCCGCUACCAGAUUGCUCGCAGCGCAUUUCGCGCUCGGACAACGCAAACCAACACUUCAAGACGCACCUCGCCGGCGCCGCCAAGGGCAAGCGCAACCCACCCUGCGCCUGGCCUUUCCUAAAGCAGUGCAUCAUCGAUUCUUACGAACCCAAAUUGGCGCACCGCUUGAUCAAAAACAUGGAGAAGGACCCGCACUGGAAGGCCGAGGGAGCAUGUGUUCCGAUGCCCGCUCCGAGGGCGUGACCAACGCGACACUCGUUCACGGCAAUCGUUGCAGCACACGCGGCUGUAUCUCUAUGCAGCUCAACAGCGCGCAAUCAAGGCUGUGCGCCUGUCGAGAUGUGCCUGGUUGCACCUCGACGAUGGCCAGUGCUUGGCGCGUCAAGAGAGGGGAUAUUUUUCUUUUGUGAAGAUUUGUUGUCUUAUGUUUGGGCUGGAACAAGUAUCGUUAGAUCUUUAUCGCCCGCAAAGGUAGAGAUGGCCGAGGAGAUCACCUCUAUGUAUGAGAAGGAUUGACAAGUUUGGGACGGAGAGGGAUGCUGGUAUAACCUUGGUCUCUCGCCAUUGGUGGACAUGAUAAUGGGAGGGAUUGUUCUUGAUUUUGUGGGUUCUUUUUCUUAUGCUUAAUAUUAUGUAGGCGUUUUAAGUCGAGAAGG